AUGGUGGUUGGCUCGAAAAGGCUUUGUUUCUUGCCCUUUUCUUCUGCUGUGGAGAAAAUCCCGUCCUUCUACGCGGCGGAACCUCCGGCAGUGGCAGUUGACAAUGGCGAUGGCAACAGUAAGGAGGAUGAGGACGAUGGUGAGACCUCAACUGAAGUGGAUGUCAAUCAGCUGCACCUUCGCAGCCACAAGGGAAGCAGUAGUCAUGGCAAAGGAGGUCAUAAUCAUCACUCGAAAAAGACCAAGACGAAGACGAAGACGAAAAAGAAGACCACUAAGACAAACAAAACCACCACGAAGACCAUCUCGACUACUACCACGACCAAGGCGCACAAAACCACCACUACCACAACAACGAAACAGAAGCCGACUACUAGUACCAAGGCAAAAGAGACCUCGAAAAGUGAGCAGCCUGCCACCCCGAAGCCCGCCGAUUCCGCCUCGAAAAUAUCGAGUAACGAGGAGGACCAUCAUACUUCCACACGCACAUCCACGAAGGGAAAAUCCACCGGCGUCACCAGUACUCACACCACCAAGUCUCAUGGCCACUCAGACUUCGCCUCAACGAGCAAGGCUUUCGAGGAUACAGUCACACCAACCACAAAGCAAUCAUCCCACUCCCAGACAUCCACUUCAUCGUCUGCAUCUGCGUCCGCAACCGAAGUGCUCUGUGGAACGGACUGUUCCAGCUGCUUGUCCAAUGAUAUCGAUGCCUCUUCUGGUUCCACCAAGCGGUCUGGUCCUAGGAGCCUGAUACGUAGGCUCUCAUCAUAUUUGGAAUGGAUGCAAACGGAGAUGAGAAAGGGAAGGCUGCUGGCGAAGGAUAGUUCAAACAUGAGAUCUACCUCGGAAAUUAUAGGUUUUGGUGAUGACCCGUUCAACUUCAGCCAGAUCAAUAUCCGAGGCUGUACGGUCAUAGUUGUUGUGUCGAAAUAUGCCGUCUAUCAGGCCCAUCUGUGGCAAAAGCCGGGAUUUGUUGUUGUCAAGGAAGGUCGAGCGGUCUUGGAUGAAGAGAUGUUCAAGACCAAGAUCCUGGAUUAUCUGGCCUCCGAUGCAAAUCUCAAGGACGAGCGCUUAACUGGGUCGUCCAAGUAUUCGAGCCCCGACACCAAGGUUUACAUUGGAACCCCUUUAGCCCGGACAGGUAAACAGGCUCCACGGUAUCCAGAGCAAGUGAAACUUAUCGCUGCGCAGGUCAACUCGGUUCUGGGCUUGUCAGCGGAACCCACGGAAUAUGACUACGAGACGAUCAAGUCCAAAGAUGACAGCGAUGAGGCCAUGAGCAGCCACAUCACCUAUGGUGAGGGUAAAUUUCUCUUCCAAUAUCACGGCAGCUGUGCGAGUCCCACCUGGCAGGUCUGGUAUGGAGGCAAGACCAGUGGCCCCAUCUGGGAAGCUUCGCAAAGCAGUGCGCAGAAGCGAUCGGAUUCGUGCUCUGUGUUGUCUUUGGCCACUCCGGCCACUGCCACAGCAAAGCUCUGA